UAACUGUAACUCAGCAUGACUGAAUCCGAACCAGUCAGCUUAGAGUUCAUUGAAGAUCCGUACUUACCAAAAUUGGAUAGCAUAACUACACCAUCACUCGAUGAGAUAACGGAGCAAGAUCAAAGUGUAGCUGGAACAGUUAUUACUAAUUGUUAUGAUGAUUGGAGUGAUGAGAUUGAAUUGUAUUUGAGAAAUCUGACACUAGAUCAAAUAUUUUAUGAUGUCGAUUCCGACUAUACGAACACACUUGAGUUACAAACUGUGGAAACCGAAUUUAUUGCAACCAAAUUGGCUAACCAAACUCCUUCAUCGUCGAUAGCAAAACGAUUUCGUCUAAAAUUCUUUACAAAACGAACAAUGCGUGAAGUCAAAGUCACUUUCAUUGAUUUCUCAAAGCCCUAUUUAGCCAAAAUUUCGAGUAGUGAUAAUUAUAAAAAAUUUUUGAAUAUUGGUUCCUGCACAAACAGUUCUAGUAAAGAUAACGCCCCAAAAAUGUCAGAACCAACAUCUCCGGCUGCAUCCGUAGCAUCUGCAGAUAUUGCUGCUGAGUUUGCUGCUUUAACUGUGGAAGAACAAGAACAACAGAGAGCUGAAUGGAGUCAGGAACUUGCACGAGUGGAAGAGGAAAUUGUUACCUUACGUACAGUUCUGGCUUCGAAAACACGCCAUGCUUCUGAUUUAAAACGCAAACUUGGCAUUACUGUUUGGAAAGAAAUUACCGAUGAUAUGAAUCAGGGACUUAAGAAUGUCAAAGAAAGUUCUGUUUUUCAAUCGGUCGAACAGAGUGUCGGUAAUAUUACAAAAGCUGUACAUGAUGCGCCCAUUUUUCAGCGCACCGAAUCUGUACUGAAAUCGACGUCAGAGAAGACGGCAUCUGUUUUUGGUAGUAUUACAAGUGGAAUAUCAUCAAAAUUCUCACAAAUGAAAAACUCAGACUCGAUGCGUUCCAUUGAAGAGAAGGUUGGGUCAGCCUAUGAGAAUGUUAAAGUAAGCUAUGAACACAACAAUUUUUUGUGCCAAUCUCAUGCGACAAAAGUUUCAACUUCACGCUCGGGUUCUGUUACCAGUUUUCCUGAUGCCUUAAAUGAAAACAAUUCAUCUGGUCUAAACUCACCAACCAAUUCAACAGACAAAUAAGUUAACUCCAUGCAUAAAACUACUCCUACUCACAUAUGCGCAUAUGCUGAAUAUUUAAUUAACACACAUCGUUACAAUCCAACAUUUACAUAUUUCUGAGAAUAUAAUAUUGAGUAGUUGGGUUUAUAUAAAUAUUUAUUUACUUACCAUAUAUAAAUGUUUAUGCUUUGUAUUUAAUUAAUUAAUUAAUCGAAACUACAAACUAUUGAUUUCUAAUAACCCAGAAAAAAAUUGUGAACUACAAUGAAGAAAUGUGCUUUAACAAUAUUUA